AUGGAUAAAAGAAAGAUAUUUGGAUUAGUACAAGCUAUUCGAAGAGAUUCAGAUUUAUAUAAUGAUACAUCUACUACUAGUAAUACAACUAGUUUACGCCGACCAAAUACUUACUCUAGUCGACUACCUAUACCUGAAAGCUUUACUAAUAGUCGUCUUAGAAGACAAAGUAUUAUUGGAACCCUAAAGCCAUCUACUUCACAAACAUAUAUAAAUACUACCGAUGCUACUAAUACUGCUGCUGCUGCUGCUGCUGCUAAUAACACGUCAACAGCACCUUCUUCUCCACACCCUCAACAAAGAUAUCAUACAACUACAUUAGCCAGAAACCGUACAAUGUCAGAUGCACCACGGCCUGAUUUCUCUUCUUAUCAAAGAAAAGAUCGUAGACAAGAAUUGAGAAGAUCUCUUUAUUUAGAUAAUAUUAAUUCUGAACAUGAUGAAGACAUAAUCUACAAAACUUCGGCCCCGCUUUUAGAUGCAUAUGGUAUACCUACAACAGUAACAAAAAAGCCUAAUCAAAAGGUCGUAGGUUUAUUACCACCUAGUGAUUUAAAUCAAAAGAUUCGAGUGUGUGUUAGAAAGAGACCAUUAAAUCGAAAAGAAUUAGAAAAAGGUGAAAAGGAUGUAGCGCCUACAAUUGGUACUAGAAGUCUACAAAUUAAUGAGCCAAAAUUGAGAUUAGAUUUAACAAAAUAUACUGAACAACAUUCUUUUACAUUUGAUGAUGUCUUUGAUUCAGAUUGUCCAAAUGAUAGUGUAUAUCAAAGGACUGCUCUUCCACUUGUUCACUAUAUAUUUAAAGGCGGUAAAGCGACUUGUUUUGCAUAUGGACAAACAGGGUCUGGUAAGACAUUUACAAUGUUAGACCCUAAUCAUGGUUUAUAUAUUUUGGCAGCUCAAGAUAUAUUUAACAUGCUUCGUAAGCCUGAAAAUAAUUAUUUAACUGCUUGGAUUGGUCUAUAUGAAAUAUACCAGGGACAGCUUUAUGACCUCUUGAAUGAUCGAAAAAAAUUAUUUGCCCGUGAAGAUGGAAAGAAAAACGUUAUUAUUUCUGGUUUACGUGAAUAUCCUAUUGAUAAUGUAGAUAAAUUAAUACAAGUUUUUGAAUAUGGCAGUAGUGUUCGUAGUACAGGUUCUACUGGUGCAAAUGAUAGUUCGUCUCGUUCUCAUGCUGUACUUCAAAUAUUACUUAAACAUGCAAAUAAUAGAAAAAAAAUUCAUGGUAAAUUAUGUUUUAUCGAUUUAGCUGGCUCAGAAAGAGGUGCUGAUAGAGGAGAAGCAGAUACAAAGACAAGAAUGGAAGGAGCAGAAAUUAAUAAAAGCUUAUUGGCGUUAAAGGAAUGUAUUCGUGCUUUAGAUCAAGACAAAAAACAUACACCAUUUAGACAAAGUAAAUUGACUCAAGUAUUGAAGGAUUCAUUUGUGGGGAACUCUAGAACCUGCAUGAUUGCUACUAUUUCCCCUAAUGGUUCUAAUAGUGAGCAUACAUUAAAUACUUUAAGAUAUGCGGAUAGAGUAAAGGAGUUGAAAGGUGAAAAAGAUAGACGGCAUUUAUCUCCUACAGAAAGAAACUCAAGUGGAUCUGGUAAUAGUGUUCCUGAAGAAGAAGAUGAUAAUGAUAAUGAUGAUGAUGAUGAAUACUUUAGCAAUGAAUCUGAUAUAUUAGACGAAGACGCCUUUACGAAUGAAGAAAAUCUUUUUGAUAUUGAUUUUCCUCACGAACAAAAUCCGUUGAUUCGUUCAACAUUUUCAUCUAAUAAUAAUAAUUUAUCUCAAAAAACACGCUUAUCACCAUCGCCGCCAUCUUCUCCUCGUUAUGAAACAUUAUCUUAUAAGCAAAGCAAAAAAUCUUAUGACAACAACAAUGAGACAUCGUCUCGACCCUUAUCUUUACAACAAAACCGCCAAUCGUAUACAUUACCUCGGUCAUUCUCUAUGUAUGCAUCACUCGAUGAAUCCAAGCAUACAUCCCAGUCAUGGAAACAACAAGAAGAAUCAAUUAAAAAAAAUGACUUUCCUUUACUCCCAUCCUUUAGCCUUAACAAAAUGGAUGAGCUUGUCAGGUUUCAUCGUGCGGAGAUACAUGAAAUGGCAGAUUGUAAUAAGCAAGAAAUACAACUUGUUACUAGUAUAACACUUGAUUUAACUACCUCAUCAACAGAUAAGGAACAGAAAAAUCUACAAUUCUUUCAAUAUUUGCAAGACCUUGAUGAACUUUUGGAACGCAAGUUGGCUGCUAUUGAAGCUCUUAGAGAUCGUAUCAGCGAUGCUGUGGGUCAAAUUGAUAUUUAA